UCAGGGAAUGUCCGGCUCAUAGACAUACUGCGCGAAGGACGACGAGAAGACAUUUUGCGGCGGACCGUCGGACCAGGACGCCGGGCGGCCACCGAGCCAACCCGCGCAGGGGAUCUCGUUGGACCGCGACGACGGCGUGAGGUGCACUACAACAUGCGGCCGACCCAAGCCGGCAGUACUCUCGACGGAGAGAUAGGAGGAUGCUCUGGUGCUCGACGGCGAUUGCUAUGACAAGCAGCGGCGGCAGCAGCCUGCACGGGAUCAGGAUCGGGAAGCGGCGAGCAGAGGACGAGUCUGGAAAUCAGCCUUUGCCGGAGGACCACCACCACGAAAAUGCUGCCCACGUCUGCGAAACCGGCUCGAGUUUUCGUUCUGGGGGCAGGCAGGCGGUCGGCCGGGCGGUUCGGACUAGAAAGCUUCCGGCUGCAGAUCAAGGUGCGGGCCGUGCGUGCCGCGGAUAUGGUGACACAAUAGGAGUAGGAGGAACUUUUGGAGGUGACGGUGAAACUGAUCAAAGGGUAAGAAGAUUGGCGGCGACGGCAGUUCCGAGAAGCGCGACACAGCUUCGAGUAUAUUAUAAUUUGGAAGCUCGCCGGUCAAUCGUAGGGUGCGCUGAAAUUCAAAAGCCGGCCGCGCCAGAUCAGCCUAACCAGACCACAGCAGAACGAACACCGUCGUCGCUCACGGGCGCGGGCAACAUUACUUAA